UUAAAAUUUUAUCCGUUAAAUUACAGAAGAAGAAAAAUUGGACCGCUAAAUAAAUAUAUAUUACAGAAACCAAAGAGGAAAGGAUUAUCAUAUGGAGACGGAGCUGAAGAAGGAGACUAGUAUGGAAGAAGAACUGAACGCUCCUUUGGCUCAGCCCCCAUCCGACGUCGUUUCUGAGAAGCCUGCUCUUCCACCUCCUGCGCCAAAGACUGAGCCCAAGGUUGAUGACUCUAAAUCUCUAGUUGUGGUUGAGCCAAGUACUCCUGAGCCAUUGGUAAAGAAACCCUCUGGUGGAUCAAUUGACAGAGAUAUUGCUCUUGCAGGGUUUGAAAAUGAAAAGAAAUUGUCUUUUGUUAAAGCAUGGGAAGACAGUGAAAAAUCUAAAGUUGAAAACAAGGCUCAGAAGAAGCUCUCCACUGUUACUGCGUGGGAAAACAGCAAGAAAGCUGCUUUAGAAGCCAAGCUAAGGAAAAAAGAGGAAAACUUGGAGAAGAGAAAGGCAGAGUAUGGAGAGAAAAUGAAGAACAAAGUGGCUGAGAUUCAUAAACAAGCAGAGGAGAAAAGGGCAACGGUUGAAGCUAUCCGUGGUGAAGAGAUUCUCAAAGCAGAGGAGACAGCUGCCAAGUACCGUGCCACUGGGAAAAUUCCCUCCAAGUUCCUUGGCUGCUUCUAAAUUCUUUCUUACUUACGGCCCAAGCAAUGUUAUGAAGGCUCCUUGUUUUGAUCUGUAUACUUAAAUGUCGUUGGUUUAUUUUAUUUAUGUGUGAAAAUCUCAGCUGGGUACUAGAAACUUGUUCGCUAUCAACCAAAUUUGUGUAGAGAAAACAUGUUUGUUACAUAUGAAGAAGAAAAAUGAAAAGAAAAAAGUUUGGCA